AGAGAGGGAGAGAGAGAAAGAGGGAAAUAGAAACUGAAAAGCAAAAAGGGAAGGGGGGCAAGGAAGCACCAACUGAUUAUCUUCAGAUUUUUGGUUCGGAUUGCCUUCUUUUUCCAUAAGCAAGGGGAAACGCGUGCCGCUUGGAACAGCACGAUUCAACUCCGACCAGGGACGAUCCUCGCUUCUCAUCCAAGCACGCCUCCUAUUUCCCCUUCCUCCCAUUCUCUCGUCCUCAAUUCCCUCGUCAAUGGCUGCAAAUGAAGACAUUGACAUGCCAGCUUUGAAGCCUGAGCCGAGCCAAACUGAUGAAUUGUGGAAGCAGGACAUGGAAAGAAACCAGUCUCAACUGGAUAUCCUGCAAGAAAAAGUCAUGGAGGUUAAGGCCUGCAUACAGGGUUCGGAGGAAGAUGCAAAAAAGGAGUUAGAUGUUCUUUGGCGGAGAGUCAAAACUACUGCUACAUUAUUGACCUAUUUAAAAUCCAAGGCUAGAAUCAUGGCUGUUCCUCAUUUAGCCCACACAUCUUGUGGUAUCAAACAACUAGAGGGGGUAGGGCUUGUGGACAAAAAUGGGAUACCGUUAUCAGGUUGGUCCAGGAAUGUUGAUGUUUCUUCAUUUGACAGUCCAGAUGAAGAGUCAUGGAUAGGAAUGAACCGGCAGCAUGGUUUGGUAGAUGAACAAGAUGCAGCUUAUAUAGGUGAGAUACUGAAGUCCAUUCAGAUGGUUGCAGAUGUUAUGGAAAUCCUUGUGAAGAGGGUUUUGUUGGCGGAAUCUGAAACUGCAAUUGAGAAGGAAAAAGUCACUUUAGGUCAGGAGGAAAUUAAGAGGAAGUCUGCCCAGUUAGAGAAUAUGUCUAUUAAAUUAGAGGAGAUGGAACGCUUUGCUCUGGGCACAAAUAGUAUUUUGAAUGAAAUGCGGCAAAGGGUUGAGGAUUUGGUGGAAGAAACAACCAGACAGCGACAGCGAGCUUCUGAAAAUGAGCAGGAGCUCAGUAGAGUGAAACGGGACUUUGAAUCUUUGAAAUCAUAUGUUAGCAGUUUAAUAUCUGUGAGAGAAACCUUACUUUCAUCGGAGAAGCAAUUUCAAAGUAUUGAGAGGCUGUUUGAACGGCUGGUUGAGAAGACUACACAAUUGGAGGGUGAGAAAAUGCAGAAAGAGGCUGAAGUUCAGAGACUCAUGGAAGAGAAUGUGAGGUUGAGUUCUCUGCUUGACAAGAAAGAGGCCCAGCUUCUGGCAUUGAAUGAACAAUGCAAGGUAAUGGCCUUGAGCGCUUCGAACAUGUAGAUGCUGUGAUACCUUACUGAUUGUUUGCAUGAUAUGCGCCCCUGCUUAUCGUGGGACUGUGGGAGGCAUCCAAGAGGAGUUUUCCUGGGUAAUGCAAUGCACUUGUCAUCAUGAUUGAAGUCCUCUCGUCCCGAAGGAGCAGCAGUGAACGGCUACUUACUCAUCUCUUGUGCCUUUGUUUUACUCUCUGGUGCCAUCAUUGUGCCUUUUUGUUGGAAUUCAUCGUCAAAGACAAUAUGUACUCGAAGCGAAACUGCGAAAACUUGGCUUGCUCUUUUAUGAAAGGACAAAAAAGAAAAAGGAUUUAAGUUGUCUAUAUUUGCAACAAAUGUUGAAGACCGCGUCGUGGAUCGCCGUCAUGUUGAUAUCAUAAUUAUUGCUUGUGAGUGAACGAACAAUCUUUUAUCUUUCAAUUGUUGAGUUUAUCGAGUUUUUAGAUU